AUGAUGAGCAAUUUAAGUGAUCAAAAGUCUGAAAGUGAAGAAAGCGGUGAAGAUUCGGUGGAUCACAUUUUGAAUUUGCGUCCUAAAAUAAUUGCCAAACGAAGACUUAAAGGUAUAAAUUCUAAUUCGCCUACAAAGACCGAUUCUUUUGACAAUGUUAUUGAGGAUAAGAAACCCGAAAAUGCUGGAAAAUUGUGGGAAGAGACAGCAGUAAUGCGCUCGUUGGAAGAAAAGUUGGUUUCUGGAAAUGCAAGUUCUAUUGCUCAAUUACGCGACCGUGGAGUGGAAACUUAUGCUGUAGAUUUGGGAAAGAAAAACUUUAAUAUUAAAAAUAGAAAGAGGCGUUGUACAGACGACAUCUACGACACGCUUAUGAAACAAGAAGGUGAGGAACAGAAUGACAAGGAAGCAAAAUUUGAGCCGGUUGAUGAGAAGCAACUUUGGGGUGAUGUGGACACUACUUCAAAAGAUAUUCCACUCGAAAAGCAAUAUAGAUGGAGCACAGGAAGAACGCAUCAUAAACGGUUUAAACAUUCUCGUAAAUUUGGAAAUCAACAACAAAAACAACAAAAGAAGUUCGUUCCACCGGCAAAGUUUCUGCCGCGUCGUUUAGUGACGGAAGACUAUGAGAAAGACAAAUUGUUUGGCACUAUGUUGGAUCCUGAAAAUAUGGAGAUUGAGCAACUGGCAAAUCAACUUGCUGAAGCGUUGGGUGAGAAAGAACCGGUUCUUAUACGUAAAGCUGUUGAAUUAGCUGGAAAACAAGUUUCUGUUGAAAUUUUCAAAAAGUGUCAAGAUGUCGAGAAACAAGGUGGAAUGCUUACAAAGAAAGAAGAUCGCCGUAGAACGCCAGGAGGAGUGUUUAUGCAACUUUUCAGUGAAAGGGAGGACAUUAAGGAGGAACAGAAGAAAGAAUUGUUCACGCUUGGAAAUAAAUUGAUGAAAGAGAAAAGGAAGGAAUUUAAGAAAAAGGCACAAGAAUUUCGGAAAAGCAAGAAAGCCGAAGCAACAAAUAAUAUCCCGGAGGAUAUUGAGGUAAUUUCAUCAUCCUUAACUAAUUUCGGUGAUAAAAUUCAUAAAUUAAACUAUAAUUUAAAGAAUAAGGAUCUGCCAACGACCAGUGAUGUCUUCAAGACCGAUAUUAUUAAAAGUGAUAUUAAAAAUGAAAAUACACCAGAAGACGAAUUAAAGAGUGUUUAA